AUGCCUCUUACUAGUAUUCUUGAGGUUGAGUUGUUUGACGUGUGGGGCAUUGAUUUCAUGGGCCCCUUCCCACCCUCAUAUGGCAACUUGUAUAUCUUGGUGGUUGUUGAUUAUGCCUCUAAGAUGGUUGAAGUCGCUGCCUAUCUGACUAAUGAUUCCAAGGUGGUCAUGAGGUUUUUACAUAAGCAUAUUUUCACUAGAUUUGGCACCCCAAGGGCUAUCAUAAGCGAUGAAGGAACCCAUUUUGUGAACAAUGUUUUGGCUAAGUACAGUGUGAAGCAUAAGGUGGCUACGACAUACCAUCCUCAAACCAAUGGCCAAGCAGAAUUGUCAAACAGAGAUAUAAAGGGUGUGCUUGAAAAGGUGGUGAAUCUGAAUUGCAAGGAUUGGUCUAAGAGGUUGGAUGAUGCUUUAUGGGCCUAUCGAACGGCAUUUAAAAAUCCAUUGGGGAUGUCUCCUUAUCACCUAGUGUUUGAAAAAGCAUGUCACUUGCUAGUAGAACUUGAACAUAGAGCUUAUUGGGCACUCCAACAACUCAAUCUAGACUUGCAACUUACGGGGGAGAAAAGAAUGUUACAACUUGAUGAGUUGGAAGAAAUCCGGUUGUCUUCAUAUGAGAAUGCAAAGCUUUAUAAGGAAAAGACCAAGAGGUGGCAAGACAAGCAUAUCCAACCUCGUUCAUUUGAAGAAGGGCAGCAAGUUUUGUUGUUUAAUUCUACACUCAAGUUGUUUCCUGAGAAGCUCAAGUCUAGGUGGUCUCAGUCGUUCACUAUUACCAAGGUCUAUCCUCAUGGGGCUGUGGAAUUGAGAGGAAAUGAAGGAGGUGAAUUCAAAGUCAAUGGGCAGAGGUUGAAACACUAUUGGUGUGGUGAGGUUGAGCGCAAUAAGACCUCACUCACCUUAGUUGACCCUUGA